GAUUCCUUCCACUUUUUCCUUCUCAAAGAUAUCUUCACAAAAUCCAGCUUUUCUGCUCUUUUAGGUAGUUAGUUUUUAACUUUAAAGCUCCCAAAAGGACAUUUAUUUCUUUCUUUCUUUCUUUUUUCUCUUCCAAAAUUUCAUAUCAUUUGUUAAAGAUUAGAUAUUUAAUUCGUUUUCUUUCCGAUUCCUCGAAAACUUUCGAAAGGGCAUUCUCUGAUAAAUUUCCCCAACUGGGUUUGAUGAAAAAUUAGUCAACCCCAUUUGGGGCGGGAUAAAAAGUCAAUCGCUGGAGUUUUUACAGUUGUUUUUUUUUCUUUCAAAAUAUUGUCUUUGAAUUUCCGAGGACUGUUCGUGUACUCCUCCAUUGAAAUUGCUUCUGGGAUUUCCUUUUAAUUUGAACACGUGAAGGAUAUUUAAUUUCUCCUUUCUUCUUCCCAUUUUUCCUCUGCCAGAUUCUGCUCUGAAUUUAAAGAGUUAAAGGAUCAAGCUUUUGUUUUUCUUUGUUCUUUGCUUCCUUUGCCUGCUGGACUAGCUUAUAUUUUAUUGACCCAACCCAGGAGAGAGAGGGAGAGAGAUGGAGGAGUUUAAAUUCUGUAAAUUUUGGUUGUGAGCUGUAAAAAAAUGGUGCUUUUGAUCGUGUUGGGAUCUUAUCUGAUCUGGGUCUGCUCUGUUAGCAUUCACAACUGUUGCAAAAGUCUCUGGAUUCUUUUGGAGUAAAAAACUUGAUUGACUAUGAGCAGAUAACCUUGCACAUUAUGGGUUGGCUUAGCAAGAUUUUUAAAGGCUCGAGCCACAAAAUAUCGGAGGAGCAUUGUCAUGACAACAGUGGCGAGGAUCCAGAUAGCCAUGAACCUUCUUGUUCAGGGGAGGUCUGGUCAGAAAAUGAGAAUGAAGAUAUAGAUCGUGCAAUUGCGCUCUCUCUUUUAGAAGAAAACCAAAAAGGGAAAAAUGUGGUUGGUUCUGAUUCUCAGUUGCAAGAAGAUGAACAACUUGCCAGAGUCAUACAAGAAAGUCUGAAUGCGGAGUCUCCUCCUCGACAUGGAAAUGGAAAUGGAAAUACAUAUCAACCUAUCCCUCCUAUCCCUCCUCCCCGACAUGGAAAUGGAAAUGGAAAUACAUAUCAACCUAUCACUCCUCCCCGAUAUGGAAAUGGAAGUUCAUAUCCUAUCCCCAUGUACUACCCAAUGGGCUCCAGGGUUUGUGCUGGUUGCAAUGCUGAGAUCGGUUUUGGACGAUAUUUAAAUUGCAUGAAUGCAGUUUGGCAUCCAGAAUGUUUCCGCUGUCGUGCAUGCAACCAACCAAUUUCUGAUUAUGAGUUUUCUACAUCUGGGCAUUAUCCUUACCAUAAAGCUUGCUACAAGGAGAGCUACCAUCCAAAAUGUGAUGUUUGCAAGCAUUUUAUUCCAACAAACCCUGCUGGUCUUAUUGAAUAUAGGGCACAUCCAUUUUGGGUCCAAAAAUACUGCCCUGCUCAUGAAAUUGAUAAUACUCCUCGGUGCGGCAGUUGUGAGCGAAUGGAGGCCCGAGACACAAGAUAUGUACCCCUUGAUGAUGGUCGGAAGCUCUGUCUAGAGUGUCUGGAUUCUGCAGUCAUGGAUACCAGUGAAUGCCAACCCUUAUAUCUCGAUAUUCAAGAAUUUUAUGAAGGUUUAAAUAUGAAGUUGGAGCAGCAAGUUCCACUACUCUUGGUUGAAAGACAAGCGCUAAAUGACGCAAGAGGAGGAGAAAGAAAUGGCCAUUAUCACAUGCCUGAGACUAGAGGGCUUUGCCUUUCUGAGGAACAAACUAUUAGCAAGAUUUCAAGGCGGCCACGGUUUGGGGCAGGACACCAAGCUGCGGAAUUGAUAACAGAGCCCUACAAGCUGACUCGUCGCUGUGAGGUGACUGCAAUUCUAAUCUUAUAUGGUCUUCCAAGGUUGCUGACUGGGUCUAUUCUAGCUCACGAGAUGAUGCAUGCAUGGCUGCGGCUUAAAGGUUACCGACCUCUUAGUCAAGAUGUCGAAGAAGGUAUCUGUCAAGUUUUAGCUCAUAUGUGGCUAGAGGCCGAGCUUAUGUCUGGCUCAGGCGGCAAUGCUGCAUCAACCUCGUCUUCCUCCUCUUCCAGGGCAUCAAAGAAGGGUACAAGAUCACCGCUUGAGAGUAAGCUCGGGGGGUUCUUUUUGCACCAGCUUGAAACAGACAUGUCCCCGGUAUAUGGAGAUGGAUUCAGGGCCGGUCAACAGGCAGUGCAGAAAUACGGGCUUCGAAGUACCCUAGAACAUAUUAGAAUGACAGGGUUGUUUCCUUAUUGAGGACUGAAUCUGAAUCCUUGAGUUUAUUGGGUGCUUCUGAAUCUUUUUUUUCCCACAUUGGUAUAGCUUCGGCGGGCGUCAGGUAGUCGACAGCCGGCACUCCAUGAUCACGUCGAAUCCUUAUGAAAAUGUUGUUGUAUUGGUAUAGCUUCGGCCUUUCAUGUUAGAACCCGAAGGCCAAAAGUGCAUAGGAAUUGACUCCAUAGUAUCACAUGGUUUUUUUUUUUAUUGUGGCCUUAAUGUCAUGAAUCAAUUCAUUAAUUUGAUUUACAUUUUUACUUUACUUUUUUCUGUCUCACAAUGUAUAUAUGCAGAAUUUUCAGUCCACCUCUGGACGACUUUCAUGCAAUGA